AGAAAGCGAUGCGGUAUGCCCCCGCGGUAAGGGCGUGCAGUUCCUCGUGUUUCGUGGGCUCUCGUGGCAUUUUUUUAUCCUCACGUUAAUAAACUCGGUUAAAUAAUAAACUAACAAUAAUAAACAGUAGUUGUUACUAGUGACUUUAUAUAUUAAUAAUAUUUUUAAUAAUUAUUAACAAAGUUUAUAUAGGAUAUGAAAAAUAGUUAUAAUAAUAAUAAUAAUGAUAAUAAUAACAAUAACAACAACAAUAAGUGAGUAUCAAAUCAAAUAGUGACGACAUUGUGUGAUUCCGCGCAUCGGUGUGGUGCGAGGGAAGUUCGUCGGACCGUGUCGGCGACGCGGUAUACCGAGGUGAAUGCACGACGAGAGAGCCCCCAAGUGUGUAUAAAAUAUUAUAUAUACAUUAAAUAGUGUGUGUAUAUUUAUAUGUACAAUAUAUACAUACAUAUUUAUAUACAAAAAUAUGUGCAUAUGCAUGUAGCACAAUAACACCAACCAAGCAACCGUAGUAAGUGCAGCUAAGAAAACCCGCCAAGCACGUCUAAAAAAAAUAAAAUUAAAAAACGAAUUAUUUAUAUAUAAUUUAAUUGAUAUUUUAUUUACUUGUCGUUUUUAGUUAUCAACAAAAAAAAGGGUUGAUCUGCCAAAGUAAUCAAGUUGAGCUGUGCUGGAAGAAUACAACUUGAUAAUUUACAACAAAAACCCAUUCAAUUUUGAAAACGAGGCUAAGGAUUAGAGAGCAAAAGUUAUUAUAAAUAUAUUUAUAGGUGUAUAUAUUUAUGUGUGUAUAUCGUUUACAUAUAGAUAUAUAAAUAAGGAAGUAAGUGAAAAGUGAGUGAUAUUUAAUUUAAGCUUAAAAGUUAAACGAGUAUUUAAACAAAACUUAAUAAUAUUUUGUUAGUAUAGUUUUGUUAUUAUUUUGCCGCGGUGCUUUUGACCCUUUGGCGGGCGAGUUCAAUGCAGCACCGCCGCGGGGGUGUAAGGUAACUUGGUGGUGCGUAGCGACGCAAAUUAUCCUCAUUUAUUAUCAUCUUAUUGAAGCUUUCAAUUAUUAUUUCAUAAAUAUUAUCAACGCUGUCAAUAAUAUUGUUUUUAUUAUCAUCGUUAUUGUUAUUGUUAUUAACGCUGGAUUAAUUACUAUCAAUUAUUCAGAAGAAAGCAUUUGUAAAGAAGAUAAAUAAGGAAAUAAAAAUGAAAGGCCAGAUUUAUGGAAAGAAUAAUACUUAAAUGUACUGAUCUAUUAUAUGUGAAGUUUGAUUUUCGUUAAUGGUGAUUGAGGGUGAAGCGGCGAAAGGAAGAAGUAAGUUUAAGCCAAAGUGGUGGAAAUUGAAGAAACAGGGACGCGACUGCUGUGUACCACGUGAUCGUUGUCAAGCCGCACGCAUAAGAGCAUGCUCGUGGUGGUGUCUAGAUGGCCAUAACCUGAUUCAGUUGAAACUCACGACUUAACACGACAUAAUCUCUAUCAACAAAUGUUCAUUUUUUAUGUACUGAAAUUGUUAUUUAUUUAUUUAUGAUUAUUAGUUUUUUUUUUAUUUUUGUCAUAGUUAGCACAGUGGAUUUUUUCGUAUUAUUUUGUGUCGUAAUUUAAAAAGUUUAUUUAUUAUUUAUGUUUAAAUUAUCAAAAUAGAGUGGGUUUGUGUCUUUUUUUGCUCUGUCGAAUGUGCAUCGUUGGAAGAGUGAAAUUUUUUUUUUAUUAAGUGAAUAAGUGAGUUUAAAGUCUGAGUAUAAUUGUGAAAACGAUUGAGAGAUUAAAGUCGUGUAAUUAUAGGUGUUUUUAUUUUUAAGACAUGUACAGAGAAGUUUGUGUGUAAACUGAUUAAUUUAUAAAGUUAUGACGGAAAUUCAAGGGAUAGCCGACGUUUUAAUCUUAUAAAAACAGUGCCCAGGUGAUUUCCACGUGUGAGAAUACAAGUUGUGAUAAAUUUCACAAGUGUCAUAUCCUCGUCCCUUUCCAAUAGUCAUAUCCUUUAUUUUGUGUAAUUGUCGUGUUUUUCAAUAUAUAUUUAUAUAUCUAUUUAUUAUCAUACAAAAAAAAUAUCUAUUUAUAUUUUGUGUUUUUUGUGGAAAUGAGUUGAUCUUAUUUUUUUUGAGUGUUCAUUGAAAGUGAUGUUUGUUUGACAAGUUAAAUGCGCUAUUGACACGCACUAGAUUCACGGAUUUUUUUACAUGGAUUUCAAUAUUCCGCAUUCAGUCACAGAUUAUCAAGAAAGUUUUGUGAACACGUGAAAAUAAGUAUACGUAAAAAAAUUCGAUAAAUAUAAAUUACGUUGUUCGUAUGCAAGCUAAAACCGGGCGUAAGGGCGAGAGCCGUGGCCGGAGGUAUCGUCGAAGGAAGUUAUUUUCCCGGCGAAGAAAAUUAUCUUCAUCAGCAGCAUCAGGCACGAAUAAAAGCAAUAAGUGAUUAUCAUCAUAUUCGAAAUCUAAACCAGCAAUAUAAUCAUAUUGAUAGUAAUAAAAAAUAAUAAUAAUAAAUUUUAAAUUGAAGUUAGUGAUAUUGACAAGGAUUUAAGCAUUCCGUAUUGCGUACGGCUAAAGCAAGCUGAGUGAUCGAGUGAAGGAUUUAAUUGUACGAUCCAGGUUAUUAAGAGGGUGGUGGGCCUGGAGAGCCCCAUGUUGUGAGUCCUAGAGAACUGCCAAAGGCAGAAAAAAGUGGGUCCGCGGGUAUGGAGUAUGGCGGGGCCGGUGGAGGCCGCGGGGGCGUGCAGCCACCCUCGACGGGCACGCGCAAUAUCGCAGGCACGGAUACAACCGACGCUGCGUGGCACAAACAUGAGCAAAUGAUCCUCAUGGAGUCCUCGAGGCACAAGCAACAAUUGAGUGGCGGGCGAACGGGAACGGGUGGUGCACCGCUAUACGGACGACUAGUAGCUGAGGAACCACUACCAGGAUAUGGAACAGGAGCGGGAGUCGGUGGUGCUGGAGGUGGGAUUGGAACUGGGGCUGUACCCCAAGAGACACCCGCGGAUAUCCACGCAAUGCAAGCAAGGAUACCCCACAGGUUUCGGGACCCUGCGACUGCGCCGCUACGGAAACUUAGUGUUGAUCUCAUUAAAACUUACAAACACAUCAAUGAGGUUUAUUAUGCGAAGAAAAAGAGAAGAGCGCAGCAGAUGCAAGGUGAAGAUGGUUCUCAUAAAAAGGAAAGAAAGCUGUACAACGACGGUUGGGAUGAUGAUAAUCAUGAUUAUAUUAUUAAGAAUGGUGAAAAAUUCUUAGAUCGAUAUGAAAUUGAUUCGUUAAUAGGUAAAGGUAGCUUUGGCCAAGUAGUGAAAGCAUUUGACCACGAGGAACAAACCCAAGUGGCAAUAAAAAUAAUUAAGAAUAAAAAACCAUUUUUAAAUCAAGCGCAAAUCGAAGUUAGGUUAUUAGAAAUGAUGAAUAGAGCGGAUACCGAUAACAAGUAUUAUAUAGUUAAACUGAAGAGGCACUUUAUGUGGCGAAAUCAUUUGUGUCUGGUAUUCGAGCUAUUAUCUUAUAAUCUUUAUGACCUACUUAGAAAUACGAAUUUCCGCGGAGUAUCCUUAAAUUUAACGAGGAAGUUUGCUCAGCAACUGUGUACUGCCCUCUUGUUCCUGUCCACACCGGAAUUGAAUAUCAUUCACUGUGAUCUGAAACCCGAAAAUAUUCUUUUGUGCAAUCCUAAGCGUAGUGCGAUAAAGAUUGUCGACUUUGGUAGUUCAUGUCAGCUUGGACAGCGGAUAUACCAAUAUAUUCAAUCGAGGUUUUAUCGGUCGCCAGAAGUUUUACUUGGAAUCCCAUAUGACCUUGCGAUAGACAUGUGGAGUCUUGGUUGUAUUCUAGUAGAAAUGCAUACAGGCGAACCUUUGUUCAGUGGCGCCAACGAGGUUGAUCAAAUGAACAAAAUAGUGGAGGUGUUAGGUAUGCCACCGAAGCAUAUACUGGACCAAGCGCACAAAGCGCGGAAGUACUUUGACAAAGUCCCUACGGAUGGUUCUUACGUGUUGAAGAAGUCGAAAGACGGUAAAAAGUACAAACUUCCGGGUACAAGACGAUUACACGAUAUACUUGGUGUUGAAAACGGUGGUCCCGGUGGUAGAAGAUUAGGUGAACCUGGUCAUUCAAUCUCCGACUACCUCAAAUUCAAGGAUCUCAUUUUACGAAUGCUCGACUUUGAUCCUAAAACACGUGUCACGCCUUAUUACGCGUUGCAGCACAACUUUUUCAAGCGUACAGCUGACGAGGGGACCAACACCAAUAUUGCUGCUGCCAAUAGUGCUAAUACUAGUCCAGCAGUUGUGUCCAUGAGCCAAGACAGUGGACUGGUUACCAUGUCAGGACAGGGAAGCGGUAGCACAAGCAGCUUGAUGCAAGUGCUAGGUAUGCCUGGUGGCUAUCAAUCGAUGGAGUGCGAGUCUUCAUCCCGUCACUCGUCAAGCCGUCGUGUAAUGACCACUGGCUAUCCAUCGUCAGCAUCAGCCUCCAUUGAUGCACCCGCGUCCGGGCCAGCGUCCAUACAAUCAAUGGACAACAAUUCCCGAAUACAAAGCUCUCUUGGCACUUAUAAUAGCCUUAUACUACCUGGUAUGGCACAUCUACCAAACAUAAUGACAUCCCCAAUGAUACCGCAACAAAAUUUUUAUAAUUACGGAUAUACUGGCGCCGAUACACACGGUAUUAUACGACAACCAGCCUCGGUAACAACGGGCAAGCAACGUGAUCCUGAACGAGAAGACAGUCCCAUGGUUGGCGUAUGUGUCCAGCAAAGUCCGGUCGCCAUACAUUGAAUUUAUUAUUUUAAAUUUACAUGACUAAUUUUCGUCGUAAUAAUAAAAAAAAAUAUACAUAUAUAUACAUAUAUCUAUACAUGCAAAUAUA